GGCAUGUGAACUAGGCCCGAAACCUAAUUUAACAUUUUGUUCGAAAUCCAGUCAGCACAAACUACCUUAUGUAGCUCCAAGAGCACUCAUUCUCCAUGGGAUACUUGAGACAUCAUGUACAACCAAAACUCAGCAGACCACAAAGGUUUUGGGACUCCUAUGAGUCCUCGAAUCUCUUUCUCUAAUGAUUUUGUCGAUUCAUCAACUUCUUCUCAGCAUCACCAAAUGAUGAGGAUCUAUAGGGAUGCUCCUGUUUCCUCUGACUUUGAAUUCAAUGUCACUAAUUAUUCCAUGAUGAGUGCUGACCAACUUUUUUCUAAGGGUAGAUUGUUGCCCUUCAAAGAAAGUUGUAGCAGCUCUCACAAAACUACUACUCUACGUGAUGAACUCCUUCAUGAGGAUAAAGAUGAACAUUUUUCCUCUAGGCCACCCAAAAGUUCUACUAGGUGGAAGGGACUUCUUGGCCUCAAAAAAUCUCACAUUCGCUCCAAGAAAAUUGAUAAGAACAAUGAAGGCUCUGCAGAGAAGAGGUCCAACAUGGGUCAUGAGGAGAUGGUUCAUCGAAGCAAGGAUUCACAGGAACCGUAUAAUGGAGCUGGUGGAGGAUCCAAUAGUAGAGAUGUGGAGUUUCGUUUUAAUUAACGUUGUUUACAGAGGCAGUAUUUGAUUCUUGGAGGUAUUUGGAUAGGGAGGGACAAUGGCUUCUAAAUAUUCUGAUUAAUUAGUGUGCUCGUAGUUUUGGAUUUAAGCUUGUCAAAAUGGAAUCAAUUGGUGAUUUUGUAGAAGUAAUUGGGAAGUUUUGCUGUUUUAUUCCUGUGAGAACAUUGCAAUAAGAGAUUGUUGAGCACCAAGUUGAUGUA